AUGAAUACCAAAAAGCUUCGGACACCUGCUGAGGUGGUUCAAAAGACCCGAUCCCUUCUCCUUUAUUCCAAAGAUACUGCUAGUGCUGGCUCCCAGACAGCAGAGUUGAACUCACUUAUUAAAGAAUUAAAGUUAAUUCUUUAUGGUAAUGAUGACUCUGAGCCUUCUGAGGAAGCUUGUGCACAACUGAGUGAAGAGUUCUUCAAAGAGGACACAUUGCGUCUCCUCAUUAUAUUUCUUCCAAGGCUGAACUUGGAGGCCCGUAAAGAUGCCACUCAGGUUGUCACGAGUUUGCAAAGGCAACCUUUGCCAUCACGCUUCCAGGCUUCUAGAUAUCUGGAAGCUAAUCUAGAUCUUAUAGACAUCCUGAUAUCCGGGUAUGAGGAUCCUCAGUUAGCACUCCAUUAUGGUAGGAUGUUAAAGGAAUGCCUACGUCAUCAAAUUGUUGCAAGUUACUUACUGGAACCAAAUCAGUUGAAGAAACUUUUUGGUUACAUAAAACAUCCCAGUUUUGAUAUUGCUGCAGAUGCUGCAGAUGCCUUCAAGGAUCUUUUGACUAGGCAUAAGUCAACUGUCUCUGGAUCUUUGUCCAAGAAUUAUAUUUGGUUUUUUACUGAAUUUAAUGAAAAACUACUGAAAUCUCCAAAUUAUAUCACCAGAAGACAGGCUGUCAAGUUACUGGGAUGCAUAUUACUAGAUCGUUCGAAUUCUUGUGUUAUGACGCGUUAUGUCAACUCAAAAGAGAACCUAAUGAUCCUAAUGAAUCUUUUACGGGAUACUAGUAGGAGCAUCCAGAUAGAUGCUUUUCAUGUGUUCAAGCUUUUUGUAGCUAAUGAAAACAAGCCUCCAGAAAUAGCUAGCAUACUUGUUACAAACAGAAGCAAGCUUGUGCGAUUGUUAGGCGCCUUUGUGCAAACAGACGAUGAAAUGUUUGAGACAGACAAAGUCCAGGUGGUUAAUGAACUCGCUGUGCUGGAGUUACAAGAUUACAGCUACAGAUCAUGAGGCAUAUUGCCCAAGUGCAAAUAAAUAAUCAAAAUCAUGGUUAUGUUAUACAUUCCAUCAUUUGGUUUCCGCCAAAUGUAUUAUACUAGCAUAGUAUUCACGAAAUAGGGCAAUAAGUAGUUUAUAUAUUAUUCAUAAUUUUUUAAUUUGAUGAUCUUUGCAGUCACUCUUGAGAU